AUACAUGUCUAUAUGCUUCUGAAUCGUAGAUAUCCCUGGACAUGGAAGAAACUUUCGCUGACCAAAAAAAUUGAUAAAUACGUUCGAGAAAAGCGAUUGGGUUCUAGAUCAAUUUUUGCUUUUGAGCAAGGACUAUUUGAAAAUACGUUCGCGGGUGCUUUUGUUUUAUGGAAAAGGCCUUUUUAGAAUGCGUGUCGAUAUUGACUAGUGUGUGAUACUGUCAACGCAGUGAGACUUUCAAAUUUUUCGGGAGGAAAAUUGGUAUAAGAACGCUGUGGAAAGUGGGUGCUGCUUUUGUCAGUUUUUUGGCGUGAAAUCGAACGUUUUGGAGUAAAGAAAAAUACGGAAUAAAAAUAUGAAAUUGACAAGCAGCCUGCUGUUGCUAGCCUGCAUCAGCUGUCCAGUCUUGUGCACUAACAAACUACAAGAACAUUUUCAAUGGAACAUAAUAGACUUCGAAUAUCCUUCGGAUGAAGCCCGUUUACAGGCCAUUUUGACCGGAAGAUUCAAACCGGAAAACGGCCUACCUGUCGGCAUCGAAGUUUGGAAUGACAAAUUGUUCAUUUCCGUGCCCAGAUGGAAAGAAGGAAUCCCCUCCACCUUGAACUACGUCCCCCUGGACUCCCCAGUGAAGAACCCCAGACUGAUCCCCUACCCCAGCUGGGAAGCCAACGAACUAGGCAACUGCGAAAAGGGCCUCAGCACCGUCUACCGCAUCCACGUCGAUAAAUGCGACAGACUCUGGGUCCUAGACACCGGAACCUUCGGCAUAGAAAAAACCACCCAAAACCCAUGCCCAUACGCCCUAAACAUCUUCGAUCUCAGAACGGACCAGAGGAUCAGGAGGUACGAGUUCAGACCCGAGGACACCAACGCUAAUACCUUCAUCGCCAACAUAGCCGUUGAUCUAGGACACACAUGCGACGAUGCGCAUGCGUACUUUAGCGACGAGCUAGGCUACGGUCUCAUAGCCUACUCGUACAAAGAAAACAAGUCCUGGAGGUUCUCCCACAGUUUCUUCCUCCCUGAUCCUCUGAAAGGAGAUUUCAACAUUGACGGGCUCAACUUCCAGUGGGGAGAAGAAGGUAUCUUCGGAAUGAGUCUGACUCCUCCUCAAGCUGAUGGUUACAGGCUUUUACAUUUCAGUCCUUUGGCUUCACAUAGAGAGUUCGUGGUUUCUACUAGGACUCUGCAAAAUAGCUCCAGGGUAGAUGAUAGCUGGAACGAUUUCUUUUACUUGAAGGAAAGAAGUGAUCUUUCGCAUACUACUUCGAGAAUUAUGGACGAUGAAGGUGUCCAGUUCUUCAAUUUGAUUGAUCAAAAUGCUGUAGGGUGUUGGAACUCCAGAACUGAGUACAGAAAAGAAAACCACGGGAUUGUUGAUAAGGACGACAAGCAGCUGAUCUUUCCUGCUGAUGUCAAAGUAGAUCGUAAUAGGAAUCUUUGGGUUAUCUCGGAUAGGAUGCCAAGGUUCUUGAUCACCAGUUUGGAUUACAACGAGGUCAAUUUCAGGGUGCUUUUCGCACCUGUUGAAGUUUUGAUCAAGGGUACAGUCUGUGACGUCCCAAAAAGACUGGAAGAAAAGAUCAUAAAUCUGAACGACGUUCGUCACAUCACAGAAAUACCAUCUUAUGGAUAUUCCCAAAAGAUACCUUUCCAAGGCUAUUCUCAGAAGAUACCUUUCCAGGGAUAUUCUCAAAAUAUACCUUUCCAGGGCUAUUCCCAGAAGAUACCUUUCCAGGGCUAUUCCCAAAAGACACCUUUCCAGGGAUAUUCCCGAAAGAUACCUUUCCAGGGUUAUCCUUACCUAGGAUAG